CUGGCAGAACACUGGGCCUGACCACGGCCGAGUUAAAACAUGUGUUGCAGACCAAAGAAGAAACCCCAGAAAACCUACUGCUUGAGCUGGAGAAACACGUUAUGGAUCGUUCUAAAGAAGACGAUGGCCUUGAAUCCUUACUGGACAACAUCGUUGGUGUCAGGCAAAUGCUGGAAUCAGCAGGUGAUUCUUGUCCGCUGAGUGACCAAGACACAGAGCCAGUUCUUUCUGCACCAGACUCUCUGCAGAAUUUGUUCAACAACAGGACCACGUACGUGCUGGCCGAGGUGGUGGACGAGCAGCUGAAGUCCAUGUGGUUCUCCCCCUUCCAGGCGGAAGAGAUAGACAAUGACCUGGAUAUGGUAAAAGGCUUCGUUCCUUCAUGG